CACGAAAGAGAGAGAUAGAGGGGGAGAGAGAGAGAGAGAGAGAGAGAGAGAGAGAUAUGAAGAGAAUGAUUGCACUGUUCCACACACACUUGAAGCCCAGUCUCCCUAGGAGACACAGGAUAACAGAAUGACAGUGCAGCUGUGACGCUGGGAGUAUCGUGGCAGGCUAUGGUUAUAUGUAGAGACAGAGAAAGAGUUGGAGAAAGGCAGGUGGAAGUCAGUUGACAGUUGGAGGAGGAGAGAGACAACACACAAUAAGGAAAAUGGAAAAAAUAGUCAAGAAAGAGUGAGUUAAAGCAGAGAUGUACGUAGGGGUGAAGAGGAUCUGUCAGAAGAGUUGAGCCGUGUAGCUCUCUCUCUCUCACACAGAGACACACACAUACACACACACACACACACAUCAGGCACACUUCUGAAACAGGGACGCACAGGAGGAUGAAGAAACAUUCCGCUAGAGUGGCUCCUCUCAGCUCUUACAGCACACAAGUCCUCACCUGCCCCAUCUCUGAAGGAGAUGAAGGUUCAGACUCCCACAUCGAUACUCCAGCCAGUGAGACGAGCGGCGAAGUCACCGCCUAUCAGACCUGUGCCAACGUGGCUCUGAAGGUCAUAGGUGGCCUGCUGUUGGUGCUGUGUGUGUCCUCGUCAUGGGUGGGCACCACUCAGGUGGUCCAGUGGACCUUUAAGUCCUUCUCUUGCCCUUUCUUCAUCUCCUGGUUUAGCACCAAUUGGAACAUCCUCUUCUUUCCUCUCUACUACUCUGGUCAUGUGGCUAUCACGAGGGAAAAGCAGACGCCCAUUCAAAAAUUCAGGGAAUGCAGUCGAUUGUUUGGAGAAGAAGGAAUGACGCUGAGGCUGUUUCUAAAGAGAACAGCGCCUUUCUCCAUCUUAUGGACGCUGACUAACUAUCUGUAUGUGCUGGCGUUGAGGAAGCUUACAGCCACAGACGUUUCAGCACUCUACUGCUGCCACAAGGCAUUUGUCUUCCUCCUGUCCUGGAUUGUCCUCAAAGACCGCUUCAUGGGUGUGCGGAUUGUAGCUGCCAUUAUGGCCAUCACAGGAAUUGUCAUGAUGGCCUAUGCUGAUGGCUUCCAUGGAGACUCAAUCAUAGGUGUGGCUCUAGCCGUGGGCUCAGCCUCCACCUCAGCACUCUACAAGGUUCUGUUUAAGAUGUUUUUGGGCAGUGCCAACCUGGGAGAGGUUGCUCACUUCUUCUCCACCAUGGGCUUCUUCAACCUGAUCUUCAUCUCCUGUGUGCCCCUUAUCCUGUACUUCACCAGAGUGGAGCACUGGGGCUCGCUGUCCUCUUUGCCGUGGGGCUACCUGUGCGGCGUGGCCGGCCUGUGGCUGGUAUUCAACAUCCUGGUAAAUGUAGGUGUGGUUCUCACCUACCCCAUCCUCAUAUCGAUUGGGACUUUACUCAGCGUUCCAGGGAAUGCAGCGAUUGACGUGCUGAAGCAUGAGGUGAUCUUCAGCGUGGUUCGCCUGGCUGCAACCUGCAUCAUCUGCGUGGGCUUCCUGUUGCUGCUGCUGCCUGAGGAGUGGGACACGGUUACACUGCGCUUCCUCGCCACACUCGCUGACAAGAAGUCAGAGGAGCACGGAGAGGAACUGACGGAGUCCAGUGUCAACAUGCGCAGCCGCAGCAGAGCUAACGGUGCUGUCUCAAUCCCCUUGGCAUGACCUCUGACCUCUAGUCCUUGGCCUUAAAGCUAAGAGUGCUAGGGAUCCACCAUGAGGCAGUGCCAGAGUCGUGGUACUUUGAGUGAAAGAGUGGAGAUUAUGGAGAUAAAGGAGAACUAGGAUCACAACAACCGCAAUAUCAACUGUGUGAAAAGUGGGCGGAGCUGAACAUCAGAGGUUCAUAGCAUCACUUCCUUCUCCUUUAAGAGAGAUGACAGAGGAGCAUUUUACAGACUGUGCUGAGGAGGAAAAUCUCCCUUUAUAAAAGAAAGAUUUAGUUACAAUAUUUGUUUUUCAUGCUGGGAUUUCACGUUCGCAUUAACAGGAGUACGUUUUCUUUAGGGAGAUAAACUCUCGUGAUUAAUGAAGUAAAUAGCCUUUUCUGUUUGCACGCCUUCAUCCCAGCUAUGCCUGCUGAACCCUCACAUGGACUGUAUUCUGUGAAUAUAGACUCAUUCAGGGCCAAUUUGGCUCACUGUAUUAAAAUGCAUGCACCUGAGAGAGAAGCGUAUAUAAUACAAAUGUUAUUUCCAUUGUAUCUGAUGGUAUUAUACUGUACAUAAGAAGGAGAAAUAUA